UGCCUUUACAGCACCAUGCUGAUGUCAGAGCCAUAUCAGUUAGAUGCACCGAUAGAGGAAGAGCUCCCGCUGAACUCUGUACCAGGAACAGGUGUUCACCAACCUGAGGACACUGGUAAUCAAGUAAUCUGUGUCGGUGAGGACUCUGCUGCGUCCUGCUGCAGUGACAAGUACCACAGGAAGCUGGCCAUCUCUAGUAUCAUCUGUGGGUUCUCCUGCUUGGGAGUCCCAGCCUUGGUUUAUUCUGUAAAGGCUGAGAAUGCUGACAAAGCUGAGAAAGCCAACCGGACAAGCGAAAGGAGAGCUGCAAAGUAUUUAAGACAGGCCAAAAAAUGGAGCAUCAUCUCCAUCGUGACAUGGGUUUCCAUCCUGGUGUCAGCUUCUUUGACACUGGUAUUACUGGUGCUGGUCCUAUCAAACCUGGGCUUUGAUUGACAAACCUCAGUGGAGCACAUCCAGGGGAGUGUCUUUAAAGAUUCUGAUCAACUAUAUCACUGAAGCUAUGGAGUAACUAAACGUUACAAUAACCUUAAAAAUACUAAAUUUGUUUAGCUUGAAUGCGUUCUAAUCAGCCUUUACAAGAACAAACACAGCUGAAAAUCGUAUUAAAUGUAUUAAAACUGUUUGUUGUACUGUAUGCUGUAAUAUUUAUUUGACAUUAUAUGAACAUGUGGACAAUUCCAACUGCAAAUGUAAAAAUCCAGCAUUGCCUAUAGUUACAGAACGUGACACAAUAUCACACAUAUACAUUAUAAAUCAAAGAUUACACCUGUUACGCUCCAGUAAUUACCCAAACUUUAAUACUCUCCAUUACACUUUAACUGUCUUACUGUAGAUAACUACAGAUAUUAAGAAAGUUAAUGAAUCAGUCAACAAGUCACUCAAUUAUAGCAACGAAUAACUUCAGGAUUGAGUCUCUACCGGAUAUAAAAUGCGUGGCAGUGAUCGUGGCAGUGUUUCAUCAGGACAUUAUGAGGUCCUGCUCUUGGUGUACCACAUUGGCAUUAUUGCAUUGUUACUGUAUUCGCUUUAUUAAUGUCAAAUGUAUAUAUGCUGCACUUUUAU